AUGCACCCCCUCACCCCCCUCCUCCCCCUAACCCUCGCGUCAACCGCAUCCGCAUGGGCCCUAAUCUGGCGCAACGCCUCCGGCUUCCCUCGCACCGAACACACCAACGAAAUCCAACCAUGCAAGCAAAUCGACCACGCCAAAGGCGAGCAAUUCGACUGGGACGCGCAAGGCGGCGACUGGUGCAUAUACUUCUACAUGCAAGACAACUGCACCCAGGGCAAGGGCCACGAGUGCAACAAUCGCGACUGGGUCACCACUGCGUCGGCGGAUCUGAAGUCGUUCAAGAUCGAGGAGGGAUUCUCCUCGAAGGCGACGGUCCCGACGGCUACUGCGACGGAGACGGUCACCGUUGAUCGGGAUGUGGAGGUGCCGGUGAGCGCGCCGCCGAGUGCGGGCGUUAUUGCGGGGGCGAUUGUCGGUGCUAUUGUUGGCGCGGUGGCUUUUAUCUUGUUGGGGUGGUUUUUGGGGAGGAGGGGCGGUGCGAGUGCUGCCGGGGCGGAGGGUGAUGCUGCUGCUGGUGGCGGCGCUGCGGGAGGAGAUGCUGCUGCUACGGCGGCGGCGGUUGCGGCGGCGGCAGAAGAAGAGGAGAAGAAAUUCGCUCCCCCGGAGCGUCCACCUACUCGACCACAGCAUACCGACAGCUUCUCGAAUACGUCGCAGAUGACGCCGCCGCUUCAUCCGCCUGUCCCUGUGGCGUACCCUCCUGCUGAGUUGCUUGCUACUACUGGGGAGGUGGAGAUGAGUGAUUCGCAUCGGGUGGUGGAGAUGGGGCAGGGUGGGAGGAAUGAAUAG